AUGGGCUACUCUGGUCCUCUCACCAUCUCUGCACUUGAGGUUUGCUCAGUAUGCCAAGGUCUUACUGGCCAAGGCUUUGAAAAUUUCACCACGCAUCUCUCUAGCGAAUUACAUGCUUUCAUGGUGAGGCUGAUUCAACGAAAGGCAAAGUGCUUCAGCUUCCCUCCGCAUCCACACAUGUUUGCAGCACCAAGUACUCGUGAGGAAAAUGAACCAGAGGUAAGUUGUAACAUCUGAAAACGUUGAGAUUUCUCAUCUUUAGAAUUUCUGGGUUUUUCUUAAUGAUUUGUAAACCAGAGGCAAGUUAACAUGUUGGGUUUCUUAACUCUGUUUCAAAUGAUCAGUAAUGUGGCAGCGAUGUUUGUAUCUACAGUAAAAACAAAAAUGAUGAAGUAAAACAGUGAAGUUUGAAUGGUUGAUAGUGAUGUCGGCUUAUAGCUCUUUCUGCAAUAGUAAAACACUGAAAAUUUGUGGUUUGUGAAGAGUUUUAUGUUUCGUUGUUAAUCAUCGGAAACUGCAUCAAACCCACCAAGUUUUGAAACAAAUGAAGAAUUA